UGGAUGUUUCGCAAGCACAGAAACUGGCGCUUUGAUUGUCAUGACGUCACUUCACUAUUGCUGCCUCGAAGAUGAAUAUCGUUGCGACGCUCUGCCUGGGACCGAAACAUUUGUUAUUGUUUUAAGCAUGGAUCGAUAUUUCUAGCAAAUGUGACAAAGGAUGGCAGAAAACAAUAGACCAACUCGUCUAAAUAGACCACGUAUUCCUUGGUCAAUACAACAGAUUCAGGAAAAUUCGCAACAAUUUGCAUCAACUGCAACACAGCAUAUUCAUGAUCUUCAUGAUUAUGUUUUACAAGGAUUAAGCCCGUUAAUUACGACAACUGUACGUUCUGGACAGAGUUCCCCUACAAGAACACCUUGGUUUGAAAAUUCAGAAACUAUUCAUACGCAGCCAAGAAAUGCACCUGUAUAUGCUGUUCAACCACAAGCUAAUUUCGUAAUUGAUAUUGAUGCCUCUCAAGACAAUAAUGCUUCACCCAAUGUAAAUUCUAUACCAACUACACCAGAUCCUAUUGAUGCUAAUCAAGGGGAUCCUGAGCAAGGAGCUGCUGUUUUGAGAAAUUCACCUGAAUUACAAGCCCUUUUUGCAUUUGCCGAAAAAUAUGUUCCAUUUCUUCUAAUUUUGUUACUAAAGUUGGUUUUUGAUCACAGAAUAGGUAUUCUUGUGAACUUGGGCUUGUUUAUUACUUUUUGUCAUGCCAAUGCAGUCAUUAAAAGAGAAGUUUCUAAACAGGGUAAACGUCGAAUAAGGAAUUUGCUCUUGAUUUGUCUAAAUCUUGUAACCUCUAUAUUUGUUAUUUACACUCUACUUGCAGACCAUAGUUUAGCAUAUGCGUUAAUCUGUGUACCUCCUUAUUCAGCUCCAAUUGAUUUUUGGGAAGUAUUAUGGAUUGUAUCAGUUACUGACUUCGUUUUACGUUUAAUAACCAUUCUAGUAAAGAUUGCUGUCUUGGCAUUACCUGCAAAAUUGAUACCAUGUCAGAAAAAAGGCAAAUUUUAUUUAUUCAUUGAACGUUCAUCUCAGUUUUAUCGUACUAUCACUCCAAUGCAACAUUGGCUGUAUUUUUUCUCCGAGUCUUAUUCUGGCCCAAGCAAAGUAUUUGGUGUUAUACUUUCAGCUGCUUAUUUAAUAUUUAAGGUCAAAAGUCUUUUCAAAAAAUUCAAACUAUGGAAAAAGACUCUUAUUCAAGUUAUUCAAAGCAAAACUUAUGGUGUCACUCCUUCAACUAAUCAAAUCAAGGAAGCUGGUGAUGCUUGCCCGAUUUGUCAAGAUGAUUACAAAUCUCCUUCAAUGCUCCAGUGCAAACAUAUCUUUUGUGAAGAAUGUGUUGCACUGUGGUUUGAUCGUGAACGUACUUGUCCUAUUUGCCGAGCUCAGAUUGCAGACGACCCAACUUGGCGAGAUGGAUCCACUACCCUGCUGCACCAAAUAUUUUAAAUGUUUCUCCCAGUGUCCCUGUGAAAUGAAUAUUGUGUACAUAUUUGUUACUUUUUUGAAGUCUAAUAAAUGUAUUUUUGAGCUUCUUUGUA